ACGGCCGUCGCCCCGCCCCGUGACGUCACAAGAAAGGCCCCGCCCCACAGAAGCCCACGACUCCAGAGAUCGCCGCGGCUCGCUCGCGCCCCGGAAGCUGCCCCUGCCCGGGGUCAUGAUGGGCAGUAAGAUGGCGUCUGCCAGCCGGGUCGUCCAGGUAGUCAAGCCACAUACCCCGUUAAUAAGGUUCCCUGACAGAAGAGACAAUCCUAAACCCAAUGUGUCUGAAGCUUUGAGAUCAGCUGGAUUACCAUCUCACACUUCUACAGUCGCACAGCAUGCGAAGGGAAGUAAAUCACCAGAUCUGCUGAUGUAUCAGGGGCCACCGGACACUGCCGAAAUCAUUAAAUCGUUACCUCAGAAAUACAGACGGAAACCCGUACCUCCAGAAGAAAUGGAAUUUAUCCAACGUGGAGGUCCCGAGUAACCGCUGUGGCUGCUGCUUGUCAUCAGACAAAAGGAUUGUCUUUAUAAUAAAGGACUCCCAAAAUGACAAAUGAAAAAUUGUAUAUGAAAUAACUUUAAUAAAUAUUCUGUAAAAAAAUAAUGAAAUAUAGAAAAUUCAGACGAACACCUGCAUCUCCUAAUUUAUGUAUCUUGGUCAGCUUCUCCACGAGCUUACCUAAUUGUUUAUAUACUUUAUACUUAUUAAAGCAUACAUUUCUAAA